AUGGCUGCAGUCGGAAAACCAACAACAACUGCUGUGGCGGGAACGCAGCAGCAGCAGCAGCAGCAGCAGACCAUCUCCUCGACGGUUUCAACUUCCACUGCUGUUACUAACUCUACGGCGGCCAGUUCCAUUGCCUUGACUCGUCUGGCGGAGGAGCGCAAAGCCUGGCGCAAGGAUCAUCCUUUUGGCUUCUUCGCCAAGCCAGUUAAGAAGCCCGAUGGCACUUUUGAUCUCAUGGAGUGGGAGUGCGCCAUUCCCGGCAAAGCAAACACUCUCUGGGCGGGCGGCCUCUUCAAGCUGAAGAUGUUCUUCAAGAAUGAGUACCCCAGUGCGCCCCCGAAGUGCCGCUUCGAUCCGCCCAUCUUCCACCCGAACGUCUAUCCCUCGGGCACCGUCUGCCUGUCGCUGCUGGACGAGGAGAAGGACUGGCGCCCGGCCCUCACCAUCAAGCAGGUCCUGCUCGGCAUUCAGGAGCUCCUCACGGAGCCCAACGCCCGCGACCCGGCCCAGGCGGAGGCGUACGCCGUCUUCUGCAACGACCGAAACGAGUACGAACGCCGCGUGAAGGAGCAAGCCAAGCGGAUGGCCGUCAAGCUGUAA